UAAAAUCUGUAUAUGGUAUACAACUUAAAGUAUAUAUAUGCAAGCUCAGCUCCGGUGGAGACACACAGCAAGUACGUUCCUCCCAAGCAGAUUGCUUCCUUAUCCAGUCAAGAAGACCACAAAGUUCAACAAUGGCCAUCACCGACAUCCUUUCUGCUAAAGAUAUCGAAUCUGCUCUCUCCAGCUGCCAGGCUGACGAUUCCUUCAACUACAAGUCUUUCUUCUCCAUGGUUGGUUUAUCCAGCAAAACUCCUGAUCAGAUAAAGAAAGUUUUUGGAAUCCUUGAUCAGGACAAGAGUGGUUUCAUCGAAGAAGAUGAGCUUCAGCUGUUUCUGAAGAAUUUCUCUUCGAGUGCCAGAGUCCUCACCUCUGCGGAGACCAAGGCUUUUAUGGCUGCAGGUGACACUGAUGGUGAUGGCAAAAUUGGAGUGGAAGAAUUCCAAUCUCUGGUGAAGGCAUAGACAGCAUUAGACCAAAGGCAACCUUGGACUGACUCUUCCAAUUACCUCGUCCAACAAGCACUUCGCACUCAGCAUGUGUUUGUACAUUUUUAUAUUCUUUCGGGCGUUAACAAUUCCCCAUACAUCAAGUUCACACACCAGAUUGCUGAGAAAUCUUGCAAUGUACAGAUGUUUUGGUCACAUUUUAUUCUUACACCUCCAUUGUA